AAUUUUUAUCAAUGCUGCUUUUUAAUCUCUUAUUGUUUUAUUUUUGUCUCGAUAUUUUGAUAUUUUCAUACAUUUCGAUUUUUUAUGCACAAUUUAUUUUACCAGUUUUUUAUGUAUUAUGGCCAAAUCUAUUUUCAAUUUUUUUGUUUUUCUAUUGCAUGUUGCUAUUAAAGUUUUUUAUGUUUGUAUUUCCAUGUUUUACUUUUUUAUAA